AUGAGCGCGCGCGCGAUGCGAACGGCGCGACGGGCCCGCGCGCGCGCUGGGACGAAGGCGUGGGACGACGGGGCGGAGACGCGGGCGAAUGAUGGGGACGACGCGGGCGACGACGGCGCGGCGGCGAGCGAUGGCGACGACGCCGACGACGGUAAAGGACGCGCGCGCGCGGUGAACGCGUUCGCGGUGUUGCUCGGGAGCGAUGAUGACGACGGGGUGGGCGACGACGACGGGGUGGGGGGGGAGGACGCGGCGGCGGCGGACGGGACGGCGACGGCGACGGAGCGCGAAAAGGCGCGACGCGGCGAGACGGAGGUGCGAUCGAUGAAGAAGAAGAAGAAACGGGGAGGGAAAAAGGGGGGGAAAGCGCGCGCGGAGGUGGAGGAGGAGGAUUUGGACGCGCUCGUGCGUGAGGUGACGGGGAUGGAGGUGUCGGCGACGACGCGCGAGACGAGAGACGCCGAGGCGACGACGACGAAGACGAUGGCGCUGCUCGCGGUGGACAUGAGAAACAUGAAGGCGGAAGAUGAGCUCAAGAGGAUUUUUGGUGGGCGCGUCAUCAAUGCGGUGGAGGCGGAGGAGACGGGUAAGGCUGGAGGUCGCGGCGCGGCGUUCAAGGCGAAGAUACAGAGACGAUGCACGUUUAGUCCGUACCGCGAUCAGUGGGCGUCGUAUCGCAGCGAGGGGCUGUACAUGGUGACCUCCGGCGUCGUAGACGGGACGUCGGGGAUGACGGAGUUUUCGUACGCGUGGAAGAACGAUUACGUGCGGGCAAACUUUGAUUUUGAAAUCGCAGUCGGAUCGCACGAUCCGCAUCGCCUCUUUCACGUCUUGCAAAAUUAUCCUUGGCACCUGGAGACGCUCUUGCGUAUUAGCGAACUCUAUCACUACUCUGGUCAGGCGCAAGAGAGUUCGGAAGUCUUAGAGCGCUGCUUGUACGCGUGCGAACGGGCGUGGCAUCCAAAUUUCAUCUCGGCGGCUUCGAACGGCGUGGCGUUUUUGGAUUCGUCCAAGGUUGAAAAUAAACCCAUGUUCGAGUCGCUGUUUAGGCACACCGUGGCUCUCACUCGACGCGGUUGUCACAAAACAGCGCUGGAAUGCUCGAAGCUCCUGCUCGGACUCGAUCACACCGAUCCAAAGGGGGCCCUGUGCAUGAUUUCAUACUUUGCGUUGAGAUCGCAAGAGGAGAGGUGGUUGCUCGACUUCAUAGAGGUGUUCGGACAGAAGCGAUGGAUCGACGGUGAGUGGAUCACGCACGGAAGUUUACUCACCUUUCCUGACUUUGCGUACAGCAAAGCCAUGGCGCUGUACGCGGUGAUGGAUGACGUCGACGUCGCCGACGCCGAGCUUCUCAAAGCCAUGCUCGCGUUUCCGUACGCCCUCACGGCGACGAUGUGGAAGCUCGAGGCCGCGGUCUCGAGCGACAAGGAGUGGCAAACCAUUCUCUCGCACGAACACUUUGACUUCUCCCACCGCGCUCUGGACUCGAGAAGUCUCGAGCACUUGUGCGACGUCUUCGCGCAGAGACAUCACCUCCUGUGGCGUCCGGAUCCCAUCCUUCACUGGGCCAAGCGCGUCGCCACGCGAGCGAUCGAGCUCGUGGCCUCGAAGAAACCAUCUCCCGAGCUCGACGGUCGCACCGCUUUCGAUUUCAAGCGCACGACGAUGGAGAACUGGCCCUCAAACCCCGAGAACGCGUUCGCCCACCUCGCCGUCGACGACUUCGCCGACGUCGUCAAGCGCGCCCUUCCCGCGGACGACCCCUUGGCCGCCCACCCCCACGGUGCCGUCGACGCCGAAUUUGAUUAA